GAGAGAGAGAGAGAGAGAGAGAGAGGUUUGAAUUUUCCAGUUAUGGGUAUUUUGGUAAUUCCAAACAUUCCUCCUACCCUAUAAAUAGAAGUGCUUGCCCUACGUUCCCAGCAACAGAGAAGAAUGGAGAGGGCAAUUGUAUCAUUCAUGGUAGUGUUGGUAUUGGGGUGUGUGGUGGGUAGCGCCACCGCCCAGAGCGCUUCCAACGUUCGAGCUACCUACCAUUUCUACAAUCCUGCCCAGAAUGGUUGGGACCUCAACGCCGUCAGCGCUUACUGUGCCACGUGGGACGCCAGCAAGCCCCUUGCGUGGCGCCAGAAGUACGGCUGGACUGCCUUCUGUGGGCCCGUUGGCCCUCGUGGCCAAGAUUCUUGCGGAAAGUGCUUAAGGGUGACAAAUACGGGGACGGGAGCACAAGCAACGGUGAGAAUUGUGGACCAAUGUAGCAAUGGAGGACUAGAUUUGGACGAAGGAGUAUUUCGACAAAUAGACACUAAUGGAAAUGGGUAUGCACAAGGUCAUCUCAUUGUGAACUAUGAGUUCGUGAACUGCGGGGAUUGAAGCAACUAAUAUAUCCAUGCAUUUCUUGCAUUCCUAUGAUUUAGUGGCUGUAGCCCACAACCAUGUUUGUACUUUAACCUAUUCCAUAAGUGAUAAAGGUGAUAAAUAAUGAGGAAUGCUUCAACCAAAAAGAUCAAUGUUUAUUAGUGUUGACUUUUGUAAGCACUAUCUAUGAAUAAAGAUCAGUAUAUAAUAUA